AUGUCGGCUUAUGACCGAAAUCUACCGCUGGUGUACUUUCUUCAGGCUCAAAUGAAAUUUCUCGGAAGAAGACACGAAUGUACGAUUUGUGCUAUUGAGAGAGUGCAAAGAGCUGAAUUACGUCUCUUAUGUGAAACUACUUCGAUCUCACCUUCCUUCGACUCUUCUGUUACAACACAAUGUCUUUUCGAGUUUGAGUGGCUUCGAGGGAAAGGGUCGGUUUGGGGAGAAGAAAAUCCGGGAAAAGGAGAAAGAUACUGGGAUGAAGCGUUCCGGUUGGAGGUUGAGGACUUGAAGGACGUUGAUGACUAUGGACUCCUUCUCUGUAUGGGCCGAGUACCGAAGAGUCAGAUUCGGGUCCUUUCAAUCAUCCCGCAAGAGCGAGGGCAGCUCUCUGCUCGCGAGGGAUGA